AUGGCACCCACAGGAUUGAUUGACAGGCUUAAACACCUGUACAGUAAAGACGAUGUUCUCCCUCCUGACACAGUCCGCUUCGGCUUAGAAAAACCGCAGCCAGUGCUUUCAGUACACGCGGCUGUCAUUUUAUCGGUGAUCUUUACUCUGCUCUAUGUUAUACCAUUCUACGUCUCUCCCUCAACCAGGCCAUCUCCAGCUCUCAGCCGAGAUGCACCGUCCGUGAUUAAAGCUCGCAUUCGAGCCGUCACGACUUCAUGCUUUCUCUCGAGUCUCGGGUUAUUCUGCUACUUUGUAUAUAAAGCCAAUUACGCGCCCUCAGAAGUCCUACGGUUGUUAGGAUGGUGGCCGAUGGGGCCGCUGGAAAUCGGAAAAUGUCUGCUGCUCACCACACUUCUUUUCAUGGGCCCUCUGUUCGAGGCCGGGAUUGUUGAGGGUGAGUGGAGAGAUUGGAUUCGCGGAAGGCGAAUCGCAGAAACGCUGGGGGGGUGGAUUGGCUGGAGGAAUUUCGUCGCUGGCCCCAUCACGGAAGAAGUCAUCUUCCGCUCCAUAAUAGUCCCCCUACACCUCCUAACCGACCUCUCCCCAACCCGAAUCGUCUUCACGACCCCUCUCUACUUCGGGAUCGCCCACGUCCACCACUUCUACGAAUUCCGCCUAACCCACCCACUCACCAACCUCGCGCCGUCCCUAGUCCGCACCCUAAUCCAGUUCGGCUACACCACCAUUUUUGGCUGGUACGCAACCUUCCUCUACCUUCGAACAGGCUCUUUGCCUGCAGUAAUCGUAGUGCACGCUUUUUGCAACUUCUGCGGCCUUCCGCGGCUGUGGGGACGAGUCGAAGCGCCGGCAUCUGCAAUCCCCAUCAUCACCCGGGCCAAGGAGGAUGUGGAUGUGGGAUCCGAUUACGCUGCCCACAAGCCGCUAAGUAUCGGGUGGACGGUUGCAUACUACAUUAUUUUGGUUGCGGGGGCGUUCGCGUUCCAUUCUCAGCUGUGGACGUUGACUGAGUCGCCGCAUGAGUUGGCGUCUUUUACGGCUAGUGUCAAAUAG